AUGGGCAUGUCUACUGAUAUUGCUCUGGGAGCAUUGCUCACCUCAGUAAUGCUCCUCCAUCUGUUCGUCUCACCAUAUACCAAAGUCGAAGAGUCCUUCAACGUUCAGGCGACUCACGACAUCCUCCGCUACGGCCUGCCCUGGAGCAACACUACACUCAACCACUAUGACCAUGUCGACUUCCCAGGCUCGGUACCAAGGACGUUUGUCGGUGCCUUGCUCCUCUCAGGCUUGACGAUGCCUCUUGGCGCAGCUCGCCUUGUCAUCUCGGACCCCCCGUUCGUGCAACUACUCGUACGAUCCGUGCUGGGUGUGCUCAAUGUCUGGUCGAUAUCGAACAUCCGACUAUCUGUCAAUACAGCCUUUGGUAAAACAGCCGGAGUCUGGUUCAUUCUUCUCACAGCCAGCCAGUUCCAUAUCAUGUACUACGCUUCUCGGACGCUGCCCAAUAUGCUUGCCUUACCUCUGACGAACUUGGCUCUCGGUAAUCUGGUCUUGGUCAAGAGUGUCAAUGCAAAAUCUGCUCGGGGAGCAAAACGAAGACGAUUGGCGCUGUACCUCCUGACGAUUGCUGGCAUUGUCUUUCGGUCCGAGAUCGCCAUAUUACUCGCUGCUGAGACAGCGUGGAUGCUGCUAAGACAACGAGCAAGUCUGAGAAAGGAAGUUAUACCGGCUGGGCUUGCUGGAAUUGCAAUCGGUCUGGCCACUACCGUUAGUGUGGAUACAUUCUUCUGGCGCAAUGAUUACAGCGGCAAUCCUGUCUGGCCCGAAUGGAUUGGCUUCUACUAUAAUACUGUCCUAGGCAAGAGUAGUGAGUGGGGUACCAGUCCUUUCCACUUCUACUUCCUCAACGCUCUGCCGAGACUACUUCUGAAUCCGAUGAGUCUUGUUCUCAUACCAUAUACGCUGUCCUUAAAGGCUGUGCAACAUAUCGGCUUCGAUAUCCUGGCUCCUCAAAUCCUGUUCAUCGCAGCAUAUAGUCUGCUCCCACAUAAGGAGUGGCGCUUCAUCAUCUAUAGUAUACCUGCCUUCACAGUCGUGGCAUCAGCUGGUGCCGGCUGGAUCUGGACGCGAAGAAUGAAGAGCACGCUUUACAGUCUAGUGGCGCUCACACUCGUCGGCUCUACGAUCGCUUCUUUCCUCGCAUCUAUGGGCCUCCUCUAUAUCUCAAGCCUUAACUAUCCAGGUGGACAAGCGUUGGCCAAGCUACACAGCCUCGCGCCCAAAUCUGCCUCGCAAGGACAAAAGGAGGGCGUCAGAGUGUACUUGGGUAAUCUUGCGUUGCAGACUGGCGUAACACGCUUUCAAGAGUUACACCCAGCGUGGUUAUACGACAAGACAGAGUACGAAGAGAGCACUAUGCUUGAUCCGCUGUUCUGGCAGGAGUACGAUUGGGCGGUAGUAGAGCACCCGGAACGCAUCAUCGGGUCAUGGCAGCCUGUCGAUGGUAUCGAAGGCUACGCAGGCCUGGCACUACGAGACGACAGUGGAAGGAUAUGGCCGCACGUGCGGAAGGAGACAAAGCUAUGGAUACUGCGUCGUGAGCUCACGCCAGCUGAACAGAGAUCAGGAGACGUAGUUUGA